UUCACAAAAUGGUAGUACUGUUGCAGAAUAUUAUAACAGGUUGACAACAAUGUGGAAGCAGUUUGAUGCAAUGCUUCAACUGCCUUCAUGUUCUUGUCAAGCUGCUAAGGAUUACAAUGAUUUUUCAGCUCUUAUAAAGUUAAUGCAGUUUCUCAUGGGGCUUGAUGAUGUGUAUCAGCCUGUGAGAACUAAUAUUUUGACAAGAGAAUCAUUUCCCUCAGUAAAAGUGGCCUUCUCUAUUGUAUCUAGAGAAGAUUCACACAGGCUUUCUAGUAAUGGAUCUAAAAGCCAGAAUGUGUCAUUUGUCUCUAAGGCUAGCCAAAGUUUUGAGAAUAAGAAAAGAUCAACAAGAGGACCUAACAAUCUUAAAUGUUCUCACUGCAAUAUGUUAGGUCAUACCAUAGACAGAUGUUUUGAGAUUAUUGGUUAUCCAUCAGGGUUUAGAAGAAGAAAUAACAAUAAUACUAAUAAUAACUCUUCUAAUAGAGUUAAUUCCACUAGUGUUAAUAAUAAUAAUAAUAAUAAUAAGUCUAAUUCUUCUGUUGGUAAAUCUGCUGCUUCUUCUGUGUCUGGAUUGCCAUUUACUUCUGAGCAGAUUACCAAGUUGUUAAAUCUUGUUGGUGAAAGUUCUCAGUCAGAGUCACAGAAUCCUAAUAUAGGAGGAUUCCAAGUCAAAGAAAAUCCUGAUGAGUGGUAGGCAAGAUAGUGGGCUGUAUGUUGUAGGAAUUAAUGGUUACCCUCCUCUGUGUUGAAUAGUAAGAGUCCUUUUGAGGUUAUGUUUGGUUUUAAACCCUCCUUGUCUCAUUUAAGGAACUUUGGAUGUUUGUGUUUCACUACUGUUUUAAAUGAACCUGAUAAGUUUGCAUUUCAUGCUGAUAAGUGUGUUU